AUGUCCAACGAGGACUGGGUCCGCCAAAAGCUCGAAGAUAUAAAGGAUGAGCUGGCCAAGCACGACUUCAAAUACACCGGUGAUUUAGAUCCCAUCGUGCGACGGUGGCAGAACGGCGAGGUUCUGGACCCAUGGCAUCGGAUUGCUGCCCUCAACCUGAUCCAUGAGCCGUUCGGGGUACCGGCUGUCGAAAUGGUUUCCUCGGUUCGACCCGGUAACCCUCACUGCAAAAAACGGAACGAUCUGCAUUUCCGCAUGGGCAUCAAGGAUGACGACGUUUUCCCUGCUUUCGAUUUACGCAUUCUCAAACCAGGUAUCAAUUCAGUCCUGGUUGGUGUGUCGUCGAUAUUCACAAACGAUAACUACGACCCCCAGCGACCGAGAUACCCGUCCCUGGCCAGAGUCCAGCAGACGGAGCGAUUCUUAUGGUUGUAUUGUCAGGAGGCCCUAAAGCUUGGCCCCUUGGUAGCCGAUCGGGAGCUUAGCCAGCUGAAAAGCCUGUUGCUGAGACGAUACCAAGGGGAACCAGAGCCACGCGGAAUUUGCGACGGGGAGAGGUUGACCUAUGUUCAUCGAAAAAGCGAGCCCUCGAGUUCGCUUAUCGCAAUUGGCGUCCACCCGCCACAUGUCAAGAUUAUGGCGGAUGACUAAGCCUGGGCAUUGUCAACAGUGGCGGCCUGCUAUUCCACCUUUGCAGCGACAGUCAAACUGCCUGCCGCAUGGAUUGCAAUGGCCAAAGAGGCGGACAAGACCAAUGCCGCUAUCAAGCGCGGCGAUCUCCCGCCCCAUCGCUGUCUGGGUCGAGACCAAGAGGAGCCAGGAACGAGGCAUCCUUGCAGUUGGUGCGGCAACUGGACUCCAUGCCAGUCCCUUUUGGAAUCGCCUUUAUCAUCGUC